UUCAAAGCUAUCACUCUGAGGAAUAGCGAGAUAAAGUUCUUCAUGUAUAAGGGUUACACCUACUCCUUCGGGUUUUCAGCUCGCAAUAACCAGAGGUGGCGGUGCACAAACUCCCGCGAGUGUAAGGCCUCCAUCGUGAUCAGCAAUCAGGAGGAGUUCCUCCAGGCCUUUGGGACCCACGACCACCCCCCUCCAAAAUACAAAAGCAUUGAUAAUAACUUAAAAAUUUAAUCGCCUAAGGUGGGAAUCGAACCCACGACUUGCUUGCCAGGGGACAGCUCUGGCCAUCUAAGCUGCUUAGUACGCUAGAUUUCAAAGCUAUAAUUCUGGCGAAAAACGACAAAAAGUAUUUCAUGUAUAAGGGCUACACAUACACCCUCGGGUUUAAGAGUCGCAACAGUCAAAGAUGGCGGUGCACAAACACCUACAACUGUCGGGCGUACAUCCUGGUGACCCAUCAGGAGAAGUUCCUGGAUGCGUUUGGGGACCACAACCACAGUCCUCCGAGAUACCACGUCACAUCUGACGGGAAAUAUUUGCGCAUUUGAAUACCCUAAUAUUGCGACACUUUCAUUACUGGUCAUAGUCCUUACUUUACAGUAUGUAUUUCCAACUGGUGGCGAAAUUCAGUAUUUUUAUAAUUUUAAAGCUAUAAUUCUGGCUAAAGGCGACAAAAAGUAUUUCAUGUAUAAGGGUUACACCUACACGCUCGGGUUUAUGGGCCGCAAUAGUCAAAGAUGGCGGUGCACAAACACCCACAACUGUCGGGCUUACAUCCUGGUGACCCACCAGGAGCAGUUCCUGGAUGCUUUUGGGGACCACAACCACAGUCCUCCGAGAUACCACGUCACAUCUGACGGGAAAUAUUUGCGCAUUUGAAUCCCUAAUCCCUUUUGCGACGAUUUCAUAUUAAUUUAAUUAGUACUAUUAUUGUUUGAGAUUUAAAGUAGGUACAUCACAAUUAACGAGAAGUGUAGAUAAAUGAAGGCUACGGUAAUUUAUUGGGCUCAGUAGUUGACGCCAUCCUGAUAAGUUGAAAUGCGAUAGGUCUUCUACAACCCGUGUAGGCUUAGGAUGCGCUUACCAGUCGGCGUCAUAGAACAGAUUACAUAAUAGUUACUGGUCAUAGCAUAGUCCUUAUAUUACAGUAUGUAUUUCCAACUGGUGGCCAAAUUCAGUAUUUUUAUAGUUAACAGGGAUUAAUAUUUUGCUACAUUAAUAAAGUCC